AUGGUCUCCGACUUUUUCUAUCCGAAUAUGGGAGGCGUGGAAGCGCAUAUCUACCAUUUGUCGCAGCGGCUCGUGCGGAGGGGGCAUAAGGUGAUUAUCGUAACGCACAACUACGGCCAACGCGUCGGCAUCCGCUACCUCACUUCCGGCGUCAAAGUGUACCACGUCCCGCACUGGCUGGUGGUGGACCAGGUCUCGCUGCCGACCGUGUACGGGUUCUUUCCGCUGUUUCGGUACAUUGUUGUCAGGGAACGGAUUGAUGUUGUGCACGGGCAUGGGGCCUUCUCGGCAAUGUGCCACGAAGCGAUCCUGCACGCGCGCACAAUGGGCAUCAGCGCCUGUUUCACCGACCACUCUUUGUUCGGGUUCGAGGACGCCAGCAGCAUCCUCACCAACAAGUUACUGAAAUUCACGCUGUCGGAUAUCGAUCAUGUCAUUUGCGUCUCACAUACGAGCAAGGAAAACACGGUGUUGAGGGCCUGUCUGGAUCCUUUGAACGUCUCUGUUAUCCCGAACGCGGUCGUUGCGGCUGAUUUUACGCCGGAUGUGUCUAAGCGGCGGCCGGGGAAUGUCACUGUGGUGGUUGCGAGUCGGCUCGUGUACCGUAAAGGCGUCGACCUGCUGGUCUCGGUCGUGCCCCUGAUCUGCUCCAAGUUUCCCGACGUUGAUUUCCUCAUCGCUGGCGAUGGGCCGAAACGCGUCGACCUAGAACGGAUGCGGGAAAAGUUCGGCCUGCAAGACCGGGUGCGCAUGCUUGGCGCCGUAUCGCAUGCUCAAGUGCGGAGUGUUCUCGUCCAAGGCCAUGUGUUUCUCAACACGUCGUUGACAGAGGCGUUCUGUAUUGCUAUUGUUGAGGCGGCUUGUUGCGGCUUGCUGGUGGUAACAACAAAAGUCGGCGGAGUUCCCGAGGUGCUGCCAGAUCAUAUGGUCCGCUUUGCCGUCCCGGAGGUUCAUUCAUUGUCAACCUCCCUAGCAGACGCCAUCACCACCGUGCGCACCCACCCCCCCGACCCCUGGCGCUUCCACGAGGAAGUCAAGAUGAUGUACGACUGGACGGACGUCGCCGAGCGGACCGAGAUGGUGUAUAAGUUGAUCAUGGUGGAUCCGCAGGUGUCGCUUAUGGAGCGGUUCCAUAGAUUCUACGACUGCGGCGCCGUCGCCGGCAUCCUCUCCUGCAUGAUCAUCGCGGUCGACUACCUCUUCUUCCUCUUUCUCGAGUGGUUCGUCCCCCGGUCGUCUGUGGAUGUUGCUGAGGCGUUGGAUUAUGAUAGGUUUUUGACGAUGUGUAGGAUGAAUGUUGGCCGGGGGAGAUGUAGUUGGGUGGAGGUGCCGGCGGCUGAUGGGGAGGAGGAGGACGAGGGGGAGGGUGGGCUGGGGAGGCGUGCUACGGAAGAUGCGAGGCGGACGGAUCGGGAUGGGAGGGAGGCGGAGGUUGGCUGA